CUGUUGCCGGGCCCUAUAUCCGGUGUCCGCCCGCCCUCGGCUCCGCCGCUGCCGCCGCCGCGAUGCUGUCCCGGUCACGCUGCGUGUCUCGGGCGUUCAGCCGCUCGUUGUCUGCUUUUCAGAAGGGGAACUGCCCUCUAGGGAGACGUUCCCUGCCUGGGGUCUCCUUAUGUCAGGGACCAGGUUACCCUGACAGCAGGAAGAUUGUUAUUAACAACAGUAGUGUCUUCAGUGUUCGCUUCUUCAGAACUACAGCUGUGUGCAAGGAUGAUGUGAUUACAGUCAAAACCCCAGCGUUUGCAGAAUCUGUCACAGAGGGAGAUGUUAGGUGGGAGAAAGCUGUUGGAGACACUGUUGCAGAAGAUGAAGUGGUUUGUGAGAUUGAAACUGACAAGACAUCUGUGCAGGUCCCAUCACCAGCAAAUGGCGUGAUUGAAGCGCUUUUGGUACCUGAUGGGGGAAAAGUAGAAGGAGGCACUCCUCUUUUCACGCUCAGGAAAACUGGCGCUGCUCCUGCUAAGGCCAAGCCACCAGAAGCUCCUGCUGCUGCAGCCCCAAAAGCAGAGCCUACAGCAUCGGCAGUUCCUCCUCCCCCUGCAGCAUCCAUACCCACUCAGAUGCCACCAGUGCCCUCACCCUCACAACCUCUCGCUAGCAAACCGGUGUCUGCAGUAAAACCCACUGCUGCCCCUCCAGUAGCUGAGCCAGGAGCUGGCAAAGGUCUGCGUUCAGAACAUCGGGAGAAAAUGAAUAGGAUGCGGCAGCGCAUUGCACAGCGUCUGAAGGAGGCCCAGAAUACGUGUGCGAUGCUGACUACGUUCAAUGAGAUCGACAUGAGUAACAUCCAGGAGAUGAGGGCUCGGCACAAAGAUGCUUUUCUGAAGAAACAUAACCUCAAACUAGGCUUCAUGUCGGCAUUUGUGAAGGCCUCAGCCUUUGCCUUGCAGGAGCAGCCUGUUGUAAAUGCAGUGAUUGACGACGCAGCCAAAGAGGUGGUGUAUAGGGAUUAUAUUGACAUCAGUGUUGCGGUAGCCACCCCACGGGGUCUGGUGGUUCCCGUCAUCAGGAACGUGGAAGCUAUGAAUUAUGCAGAUAUUGAGCGAGCCAUCAGUGAACUGGGAGAGAAGGCGCGAAAGAAUGAACUUGCUAUUGAAGAUAUGGAUGGUGGUACUUUCACCAUUAGCAACGGAGGUGUUUUCGGCUCACUCUUCGGAACGCCCAUCAUCAACCCCCCUCAGUCGGCCAUCCUGGGCAUGCAUGGCAUCUUUGAUAGGCCAGUGGCUGUGGGAGGCAAGGUGGAGGUGCGGCCCAUGAUGUAUGUGGCACUGACCUAUGAUCAUCGGCUGAUCGAUGGCAGAGAGGCGGUAACUUUUCUCCGCAAAAUCAAGGCAGCGGUAGAAGAUCCUAGAGUCCUCCUCCUGGACCUUUAGGAGGAAGCCACGUACCCUACGUACCAACCAUGCAGGAACUGAAAACCAGUCUUCUCCCUGUCCCCUCACGGGUCCCAGGUUGGCCUGGUGUCAGGCACAUGUUGUUGGCCUCAAGCAAGGAAACCAGGGCACUAUGUAACCAGCAGCCACAGGUCUCUUCUUGGUAUUCUGCCAGGCUCUCCCCUUCUGUGCACCCUUCUCUUACACUCGAAUAUCUUCUUUAGGCUUGCGGGAGAGAGCGCCUUAAUGGAUGCUCAUUAACAUUUCCUGCCUUUCUCCCAUUAGUCUUGUGCAGAGAUGAUUUUGCUUCUCCCCUGUGCCAGUGUACUGCAAUAGGGAAACCACUGGGGACCAUGUGAUCAAGUUUGUAUCUUUUGAAAGUCUGUUCUGGGCUAGGAGGGGAUGGUGUCUCCCAAGCUCAGAGCGGCCUCUGUCCUGGCUGUGCACAUUCUCACUCGAUUCCACCUGUGUGGAGGCAUCAACCACAGGCCAAGAGGUGCUGCUUUGCUGCUUAAAUGACACCUUUAUUCUCCACUCUCAUUGACUUCAAGAUGCCUCUUCUACCUCGUUCAGGAAGCGCAGGCCACGGGAUCUGGGUAGGAGCGGGGAGAGGGCAGACUCCCCCCCCCCCCCCCCCAGGUGUAUGUUGUAGAAGAGACAGGCUUGCCGUCACCCUCCAUCGUAGUCCCGUUUUGGCACAGUAACACACAGCUGUGAUUGUGCCAACCUUUCCAGGCUGCUCGGAACCAUUCUAACACAUUGUCAUUUAGAACAGAUUCUAGCACAUCAUGGCAGUGGGACGAGGCAUGGUCACAGGGCUGGAGCCAGGUGAGACUGGGGUGAGGGGGCUUCCUGUGGACUGGCUCAGAUUGAUUUGAGCUUGUAAAUGCCAUUGGUGUAAGCACUUGGCCUGAAGAGGCAGCUGUUUCUCUGUAUCAUGGCCCUUGGGGAGCAGGGCCUUAGCUCUUUUUCUGCAGAACACAGGUCUGGAGGAGGUUGGACUGUGUGGAAACCAGCCCCAAGAUGCUAAUACACGGUGGGGAGACAGGCAGUGUCACCUGUGAGGUGGUGUUGCCUGUUGGGUCUGGACGCAAUCAUUGGAAUUGCUUGGAGCUAGUUUAAAUACAUACUUCUUGUCAUGAAAGCCACUGGGCUUCAUCGCUUUGUAUCCAACUGCAUCCAGGCCUGAGGUUGCUGACGGUUGAGACCAGGAACCACUUACUUAGUGCAGAGUGCCUGUUUGGAUCUGGAGCAGAGAAGCAAGGCCUGGAGGGUGGGGUGGGGGGUGGGGGGAAGGGACAGGAGCCAAUACUGAGUGCCUGCAGCAUCUUUGUCUUCACUAUUCAGAACUUGUAACUAAAAUAUUUAAAGAAACUGAUUUUAAAUGCAAAUUAAAGGGCAAAUGUUCUCAAAAGGUUCCUGCUUCUGCAUUCCUUUUAGGUACCAAGAUACAAAUCUCCAGCACCAUGAUUGUCUUUGGCGCUGGAAGCCACAGCAUGUCCUCUAGGUUAUCCUGUGACCUCCCAGACUUAAGUUAGCACAGUACUAACAGCAGAGGGAACCCUAGCAGUCUGCCAGCCAGGAAAGUGCCUGGCCUCCUCCCGGUGAGCCCCUCCAGCCUGACAGGCCACACUCUUGAAGUUGGUUCCCACCUUUGUGAAACCACUGCAAACACCAACAGACAUUUGCAUUUUUGUGGGGGCUUGCAGCAUUUCUGGAAGGGACUGAGGAGGUUUGGCGGGGGUGCAGAACUUUAUAAUUUUGCAUUUUGGACUUGAUUGCCACAUGUAUACAAAGGUGUUAAGGUCAGUAAGAACAAAUGAAGGUAGAUCACUGGGAGGGUAAGCGGACAACCUAGGCUACAGGUGAGGGACAUAUGGUGUCUAAGCUUAAACGCAGCCCACCCAGCUCUUUCUACACACAGUCCCCACCUGCUGGUCUCACUGUGAUGCUGUCUCUACGUGAGGGUCCGUCCUAGGAACGAAGUGCUCCAGGGGUAGAACUAGAGUUCUAGGUGGGGAGAGAAUGGGUUCAACAAAAGGAAGAAUUUGGGGAUGAAUGUAUCCCGAGCAUGGUGCUGGAAGCUUUCUCUAAUAAACCUACAAAGGAGGUCAAAACGAGGUAGACUUGAAGUCCCAUAAGGGACAACAGUACUCAAAACUCCAGGCCCAGCAGAGCAUCAGGUGUGCAAGUGUUUGUUGCACGGAUGAGGCCCAGAAGUUCCAAAAGCAACUCACGCUUCCAUGCAGCAGUGGUUGGAAGCAGUCUAGCCUAACGUAGUGUAGCAAAAGGAACAGAGACUUAGGGCCUGGGGGAGCCUGUUCACAUCAUUAACGUCUUUGAAAUGGGAGCCACCAUCCAUCUCGGGUCACGGGAUUAGACCAGUGUUCCCACCCCCCUUCCCGGACCCUCUUCUAAGACUUCUCUUCUUACUUUAUUUCCCAGGUUCCAGUGUCCCCUAUGUGCCAGCACUUCCUCUCGGCUCAGAGCUGCUCUGCAGGGCACAGGCUGGCAUGCCUUUCACCACCAGCCCUGCUUCCUACCUUCUAGUAGACUCCAGGCUCACUCUUGACUAAGUACGGAGUUUUCUCCGGGGGGGGGGGGCCUUCCAAUCUCUCCUUAUGGCAGGGCUGCUCUCGUUGCGUUCAGGAGGCGAGGACACCAUGGGUACCGGCAGGCUUUAUU